AAAAAAAACAAUCUGCCUUGGUCACAGCGCGAGGCUGGAAGAUUAUCAGUCCGCGCGCCCAGGUAGAGGGGGAAGCCUGGAGGGAGGAAGCUCACUUUAUCUGGAUGAAGUGCACUAAAACUGCCGCGAAAGACGCCCACGGCGAGCCUCCUUCUGCUUCUCCCGAGUCGUCUUAGGAGGGAACAGGUUUACCGAGUCAGCGGCAUUCUUGGGACCAAGCCCUCUCCACUUUACCAAGAAGACGAGGCUGAGGAAAAAAGUCAUGGACAGAGGAAGAAAGAUAAAGAGGAAGCCAGCGGCCGCGGGGAAAUAAGCUGCACAGAAACGCAGAAGGAGGGAGAAGUGUCGGCAAAGGAAGUGCGAGCAGGAUGGGGAUGGAUUUCAGCACUCUCCGGUCCCUAAUCAGCCGAUUUUGUGCUGGUGAGGAGAACUGUGUAGACACCAGGACAGUGUACAUUGGACAUAAGGAGCCUCCUCCAGGAGCGGAGGCCUUCAUACAACAAAGGUUUCCAGACAACAGAAUCGUCUCCUCCAAGUACACUUUCUGGAACUUCGUCCCCAAGAACAUGUUCGAGCAGUUCAGAAGAGUGGCUAACUUCUACUUUCUCAUCAUUUUUCUGGUUCAGUUGAUCAUCGACACUCCCACAAGUCCAAUCACCAGCGGUCUGCCGCUCUUCUUUGUCAUCAUAGUGACCGCCAUUAAACAGGGCUAUGAGGACUGGCUGAGACAUAAAGCAGACAACGCUGUCAACCUGUGUCCCGUCCACGUGGUGCAGCACGGCAGGGUGGUCCGCACGCAGAGUCGCAAGCUGAGGGUUGGAGACGUGGUGCAUGUCAAGCAGGACGAGACCUUUCCGUGCGAUCUCAUUCUUCUUUCCUCGUCUCGAGAUGAUGGCACGUGUUACGUUACAACGGCCAGCCUGGACGGCGAGAGCAGCCACAAGACGUACCACGCAGUUCAAGACACCAAAGCCUACAAAACGGAGAAAGAGGUCGCCUGCAUCCACGCCACUAUAGACUGUGAACAGCCGCAGCCAGACCUGUACAAAUUUAGGGGCAAUAUCAACAUUUACAUGGGAAACGAGCCAGUGUCCAGGUCGUUGGCUUCUCAGAACUUGCUGCUUCGGGGAGCGACGCUUAAAAACACUGAAUAUAUCUUUGGUGUUGCUAUCUACACUGGGAUGGAAUCCAAGAUGGCUCUCAACUACCAGUCCAAGUCUCAGAAACGAUCGGCGGUGGAAAAGUCAAUGAAUGCCUACCUGGUGGUCUACCUGUGCAUCCUCAUCAGCAAAGCCGUCAUCAACACGGUGCUGAAGUACGUCUGGCAGGCCGACCCCAACAAAGACGAGCCGUGGUACAACGAGAAGACCGAGACCGAGAGGCAACGGCACAUUCUAAUCAGGGCGUUCACAGACUUCUUAGCCUUCAUGGUGCUUUUCAACUACAUCAUCCCCGUCUCCAUGUACGUCACUGUGGAGAUGCAGAAGUUCCUGGGCUCCUAUUUCAUCAUGUGGGACGAUGAGAUGCUGGACGAGGAGCUGGGAGAGAGAGCUGUGGUCAACACGUCGGACCUCAACGAGGAGCUGGGACAGGUGGAGUACGUGUUCACAGACAAGACGGGGACCCUGACUGAGAACAACAUGGAGUUUAUAGAGUGCUGUGUGGACGGAACCGUUUACGAACCUGAUGCCAUCUGUAAUGGACAGGUGAUGCCUGGUGCUGCUGAUAUCGAUAUGAUCGACACAUCGCCGGGGCCUCAGGCCAGGGAGCGUGCGGAGCUGUUCUUCCGCGCGUUGUGUUUGUGCCACACAGUGCAGGUGAAAGAGGAGGAGACGGUGGAUGGGAUCAAACACGGCAUCCACCAGGGCAAGUCCUCCUCCUUCUACAUCUCCUCCUCGCCAGAUGAGGUGGCGCUGGUGGAGGGCAUGAAGAGGCUCGGCUUCACCUACCUGCGACUCAAGGACGGUCAGAUGGAGAUCCUGAACAGGGACGAUGAGGUAGAGAGGUUUGAGCUGCUUGAAGUUUUGACUUUUGACUCGGUGAGACGGCGGAUGAGCGUCAUUGUCCGGUCCAGCACGGGUGAGCUGUAUCUGUUCUGUAAAGGAGCCGAUUCCUCCAUCUUCCCCAGAGUUAUCUCAGGAAAGGUGGAGCAGGUCAAAGCACGGGUGGAGCAUAAUGCAGUGGAGGGCCUGAGGACUCUCUGCGUUGCUUAUCGGCCUCUGAGUCCUGAGCAGUACGAGCAGGUGUGCCACCUCCUGACGAGGGCAAAGCUGGAAUUUCAGGACCAGGACAAGCUGGUGGCCGAGGCGUAUGACCUCAUCGAGAGAGACCUCAUCCUGCUGGGAGCCACUGCUGUAGAGGACAGGCUGCAGGAAAAAGCUGCGGACACCAUAGAGUCUCUCCACAAGGCGGGGAUGAAGGUGUGGGUGCUCACCGGAGACAAGAUGGAGACGGCGGCUGCGACUUGCUACGCCAGCAAGCUGUUUCGCCGCAGCACCCAGAUCCUGGAGCUCACCACCAAGCGCACAGAGGAGCAGAGCCUCCAUGAUGUGCUGUUCGAGCUGAAAAGGACAGUCCUCAGGCAUUAUGGAACCAUGCCCCGCGACAUCUCUUCUGGUUUAUCCAGUGAAUACGCCGACUACGGCCUAAUAAUCGACGGAGCCACCCUCUCUGCUGUAAUGAGGCCCAACCAGGAGGACUCAAACUCAGGGAAUUACAAAGAGAUCUUCCUGGAAAUCUGUCGCAACUGCAGCGCAGUGCUCUGCUGUCGAAUGGCUCCGCUUCAGAAAGCACAGAUCGUGAAGAUGAUCAAAACAUCCAAAGAGCAUCCAAUCACCCUCGCCAUUGGAGAUGGUGCAAACGAUGUCAGCAUGAUACUGGAGGCCCACGUUGGCAUCGGUAUUAUGGGUAAGGAGGGUCGCCAGGCAGUAAGAAACAGUGACUACGCUAUCCCAAAGUUUAAACACCUCAAAAAGAUGCUGCUUGUCCAUGGACACUACUACUACAUACGCAUCUCUGAACUCGUGCAAUACUUCUUCUACAAGAAUGUAUGUUUCAUCUUUCCCCAGUUCCUCUACCAGUUCUUCUGUGGCUUCUCACAACAGCCGCUGUACGACACAGCCUACUUGACUCUCUACAACAUCAGCUUUACAUCGCUGCCCAUCCUCCUCUACAGCCUCAUGGAGCAACACAUCAACAUGGACAUACUGAAAAAGGAUCCUUCGCUCUAUAGAGAUAUCGCCAAGAACUCGUUACUAACGUGGCCCAUCUUCAUAUACUGGACUGUCCUGGGUGUGUAUGAUGCCAUCGUGAUGUUCUUUGGCGCUUACUUCCUGUUUGACAAUACCACCUUCACCAGCAAUGGACAGCUAAUGACAACCAACACACAGAUGAUGUUUGGAAACUGGACGUUCGGUACUCUGGUCUUCACCGUGCUCGUUUUCACCGUCACGUUCAAGUUGGCUCUCGACACUCAUUACUGGACGUGGAUCAACCAUUUUGUCAUCUGGGGCUCGCUUGUCUUCUUUGUAGUCUUCUCUCUGCUGUGGGGAGGAAUUAUUUGGCCUUUCCUCAACUACCAGCGGAUGUACUACGUGUUCAUGCAGAUGCUGUCCAGCGGUCCCGCCUGGCUCAGUAUUAUCCUGCUGAUCACGGCCAGCCUGCUGCCAGAUGUGGUGAAGAAGGUGUUCUGGAGGGCGCUGUGGCCCACCACUACUGAACGCAUACAGAAUGCUGACAAGCUCUACAAGGGCCAGCUGUCGGAGUUCACCCCGUUGGAGGCUCUCCAGCCUCCACCCAAGGCCGGCGGCCAGCGGCGAGGCUCUGCAAACCAAAGGAACGCCGCGAACCCCCGAAGGUCUGACACCCCAAACAAGAAAGUCAUGUUGACGCGCUGGCAGAGAACGACAGACUACUGCACCUUUACCCCCUUCCUCCGCUUAUCUGAAGGCUCCCGUCGCUCAAAGCUGGGGAACGCCUACAGCAGGGCGGGGCCUGAGACCUCCGUCUAAUUUAUUUUGUGUUUUUUUUUAUACGCCGAUAUCAAAUAAAGAGACAACUAAUAUGGAGUUGAACUGAGCAAAAAGGGGUCUGGAUAUAUGGGCCCUGAGCUGGAGACGGACGCCGGGCGGUAUCCCUGAUGUCACGCUAUCUGUAAACGGGAGACGUUUCCAGCCACAAAGCCUCAUUUGCCGCCAUGACUCGCAAAGGGCUCACUGUAUUAAUGUCGCGACACUCAAACAAAGAGACUCGAGAACUGUGAUUUCAUUCUGAAAUAUGUGCGCUGGCCCUUAAAUAGUGUCUGCCUUCAGUGGCAGCUAAAAGUGUACUUUCUGUUAUUUCUUUUAAUUGUGUUUAUGUAUAGACAGUGGGGUUUUAACCGUGACGGGUCAUCUAAUUUUUUCUUGUCUGCAGCUCUUUCAUCUCUCUCUGUCUCCUCUCCGCCCCGACCCGCCUCUCUUUAGGAAAAACUGCUGUUGGCUGUGUGCACACAUGCUCUCCAGAAACUCUCCUCCGUAGGACUCUGCGUUCAGAUCCUACAGCAUUGUAAGGAGGCGUGUAGCAGAGGAGGAAAGCCUGAAUGUCGGGAAAAUCAGUUGGUUUUGAUGUGCAAAAGAAAAAAAAAAAAACCCAGACCGACCUUGACUCCACUUUCAAGCUUUCCUGCCACCUGUCGGUGGCGUUGUCUGUUAGAUGGGAUAGAUGUGGGUGUCUGGAAGCUAGUAGGUUUUGCUACUAGAGCUUUAUGUUGUGUUUUAUCUGUGUAAAAUGCUCCGUGCUUUUAUUAGCCGUAGGAAUUAGAGAUGCACCAAACAGGCGUUUCCUAGCCGAUGCAGAUCUUAGUAUUUUUAUUCCAAGGACUUCAAAACGUUUUAAAGAGUAAAAUAAUGUGCUGCAGGUCCUUUUUCAUAGCUGUAGCAGUUCUGAAUAUAACGGAUAAUGGAAGAAUUACAAGGUUGCGCCCAUUUAUCGAUCAAAUUAUAUGUCCUUAACCGUUUUCUUAUUUUAUUUAACUAAAGCAAGUGACUCACAUUUUGGUUAACCUGUUUAUAAACUGAAAACGAGGAGAGUUUUUAGUUUUCAUGCAAUUUAAGAGCAGGGGUAAUAAAAAUAAAUCUCCAGCCAAUUGAUUGGUGCAUCUCUAGUAGAAAUGGUUCAGUGUUGCCUUGUUUAUCAAAGCACUUUAAAAAUCUUUCCUUAAUGAUAUAACUUGACAAAGAGAUUGUAAGUGCCCCAAAGUCUUAAAGCCUUCUGAGAUAAGUACCUCUUCAGAUCUUCUCCCUCCAAAAACAGUCUUGAUUAUUCUUCAAUACUGAUGAAAUAAACCAAGGGUUAUUAAUAUAAAACAAACGUCCAUGCCUUGAUAGAUUAUAAUCGUGUACUAUUUAUUUACAGUAGUAAUAGUCAUCAUCUGAUGACUAUUAAUAACAAGUUCAUUAUAUCGCUGCAUUUAACACCAAUAUUUAACACAAAAUGUAUCUUAUGACCUAUAUGCUUUUAUUUAAAUCUUAACAAUUAUUCCUACUGCUACUAAAAAAACAAAACAUAUCGUGCAGCAACAGGUGGACGAGGGGUUUGACACGUUGACAUUUUAAAACAUUUGUAUACCUUGAUGUCGAACACCAGCUCAUGUCAGGGGUACAAUCAAUCAAUCAAUCAAUCAAUCAAUCAA